AUGGACACUCACUCUGAUGAGUACACUGGUAUGCUGCAGCAUACUGGUGGGGCUUCAGGAGGAACCAAUACCAUGGCUGCAGAAAUCAUAGAAGCCUACCUCAGUAAGCAAUUCAUAAAGGCAAUGAAAAUAGCAUUAUCAUAUGCGAGGGAUGAUAAGUUGGUGGAGACAACCAUCAAGGGUAACGUGCCAUGGUGUGAUACCACACCCAAAGCGAAGGGUGGGCGACAGGGACUUAUCCUUGUCACUUGUGGGCCUGCCACACAGGUCAGUCAUCACUUUGACUCACUGCUGAUGCUGGUGAAGGACAACAUCUUUGAUUUCAUCAUUGUAUUUGGAGGAGCCUCGACCCUCCCCAUGAACAUUGGCCCCAUGGUUCAAGCCUUUGUUCGCAAUGCUACCCUGUUUAGAAUACCAGAUGUCUGGGACUCAUUGUGUGAAUUGCUUGCCUCCAGUCCAGAUGUUUUAGAUCACAACACCAUUGUCAUUGUCUAUGCCUCAUAUGUAGAGGGGAAGCAUAUGGUUGAAAGCAGAGAGAUAAGCAAGCACUGUCCUCCACAUCAUGUGUUUGGUCAUGAGUUCAGUGCAUGCGCAAAGGAGGGCUGCCAUCCUGCAGCAUCAGAUAACCAGGUGUCAACAAAGAACAGCAAGGUUCGCAUUAUUUGUGCAAAAUGUCAAUGGACAUCUGCCUGGGUGGCUAUUGACAUGGACAACAAGUAUUUCUUCUGCAUCAAACCUACCAUUGCUCCGAUGCUCUUCUGGCACCAUUUCCCCCCAUCAGCUGGACUCAACAACUUUUUCAUGAAUGCAACAUGGGAUGCCAAUGGAAAGUCCAAGAGAAAGAAAAGGCAGGAGGACAAUGCUGAUGCAUCCACUAGUCACCAUGCAAAAUGCCAGAGGUUAUCGUCAAGUUUGGAAGGGUCAAGCAGUGAUGGCAAUGAAGGGUUGCCCAUGAUAUGUGAAUGA